GACGCGUGUGGAGCUGGGGACGCGGGAGGGCUUGGGACUUCUCUUCCCAAUUUACUGGGCGGGAAACUGAGUCCGGAGAGGGUACGCCGACGCAGGUUGACUAGGAUCUUCGUCCCAGCAACACGCAGAAAAUUUUGAACCAUAAUAUUAGUUCCUUCAUAUAUGCAGUGCAGUACAAGAAGAAUGGGCAUCAUGACUGAUGUCCAUCGGCGAUUCCUCCAGUUGCUGAUGACUCACGGAGUGCUAGAGGAACGCGAUGUGAAGCGCUUGCAGAAGCAUUGCUAUAAGGUCCAUGACCGCAAUGCUACCGUAGAGAAGUUGGAGGACUUCAUCAACAACAUUAACAGUGUCUUGGAGUCCUUGUAUAUUGAGAUAAAGAAAGGAGUCACAGAAGAUGACGGGAGGCCCAUCUAUGCGCUGGUGAAUCUCGCAACAACUUCAAUUUCCAAAAUGGCAUCAGAUUUUGCAGAGAAUGAACUGGAUCUGUUUAGAAAGGCUUUGGAACUGAUUAUUGACUCAGAAACUGGCUUUGCGUCUUCCACAAACAUUUUGAACCUGGUUGAUCAACUUAAAGGCAAGAAGAUGAAGAAGAAGGAGGCCGAGCAUGUGCUGCAGAAGUUUGUACAAAACAAAUGGCUAAUUGAGAAAGAAGGGGAGUUCACCCUGCACGGCCGGGCCAUCCUGGAGAUGGAGCAGUACAUCCGGGAGACCUACCCGGACUCCGUGAAGGUCUGCAACAUCUGCCACAGCCUCCUCAUCCAGGGUCAAAGCUGUGAAACUUGUGGGAUUCGAAUGCACUUGCCAUGUGUCGCCAAGUAUUUCCAGUCUAAUUCUGAGCCACGCUGCCCCCACUGUACUGACUACUGGCCCCACGAGAUACCAGAAGUCUUUGAUCCUGAAGAGAGGGAGGCUGGUAUCUCCAAAUCCAACAGAAAGUCUCUGCGGUCCAGGCAGCACUAGCCGGUGCACUGCUGAAGGGCCCGCUGCCUUCGGGUAGAAGGACUGACAGCCCUGCCUGCAAGCCAGGCAACCAGCAUUUCCCUUGAACAUGGGUCACCUCCCUUAUUCUUAUGUUCUCUUGUUUAAAGUUUGGAAUAAAACUCUUGUGAGCAGCAA